AUGGCUGCUAGAGAAGCUGUAGUCUUGGGUGGAGGAAAGUACUUUGAUGUAAUGACAGGAAGAAGAGAUGGAUUUUAUUCAAUUGCAAGCGAAGCUUUGAAUCUUCUACCUCCUGCUGAAAUUUCAGUAGAUGAUUCAAUUGCAUUAUUUGCAAGUUUAGGAUUCGAUAUUCCAGAAAUGGUUACUCUCAUUGGUUCUCACACAAUAGGGUUUACGCAUUGUUCUGCCUUCAAAGAUCGUCUCUACAACUACGAGAACACUGGAAAGGCCGAUCCAACCAUGGAUGAAGUUCUACUUCACAUCCUAAAGGUUAUAUGUCCCAUGAGCUCAAGAACCGACAAUAUUGUUAAUCUGGAUCAGAAUCCUUUUAGUGUGAUCACUGUUGACAACUCUUUCUUCAAGGAGAUUCAAGAAAGUAAAGGAAUUCUAGAAAUCGAUCAACAUAUAGAUCUGGACAUUCGAACUAAUGCUACAGUGAAGAUGCUGGCCAACGAUAAUACUCUCUUCAAUGAACAAUUCGCUGCUGCUCUUGUCAAAUUGGGAGCUGUAAAUGUUCUUUUAGAACCUCUGGGAGAGAUUAGGACAUCAUGUCGAUCCUCUAAUUUUCCUCCUCUUCCUUAG